GAAGUGCGUAGGGUUGACACAACACGAGUGAAAAAGUAAAGAGAAGAAACACACACAAGGUUGCACCCUUUCAUCGCAUCACCAUCACCCUAGGGUUUCGGAAGAACCGAUCACCGAACGAGAAGAAUCUCCCUGUUACCGAAAUGGCCAUGGCUGCUCUCCGUCGUGAAGGGAGGCGAUUCGCCACCCCACUCCUCUCUUCUCCUAUCCGCUCCUCUCUCAUCUCUCACUCUCAAGAACAAGCUCCCAACGGAGUGCGCUCUAUUUCGACUCAAGUUGUGAGAAACAGGAUGAAGAGUGUUAAGAAUAUCCAGAAGAUCACAAAGGCAAUGAAGAUGGUUGCAGCCUCUAAGCUUAGAGCUAUUCAAACCAGAGCUGAAAACUCCCGUGGCCUCUGGCAACCAUUCACUGCCCUUCUGGGUGACUCUCCCAGUGUUAAUGUCAAGAAGAGUGUUAUUGUUACCGUUUCUUCAGACAAAGGUCUUUGUGGUGGUAUCAAUUCCACAUCUGUCAAGAUAAGCAGGAUUUUGCACAAAUUGAGCUCUGGGCCUGAGAAAGAGACAAAGUAUGUCAUAUUGGGUGAGAAGGCUAAGGCUCAAUUGAUACGUGAUUCCAAGGAUGACAUUAGUCUCAGCAUAACUGAGCUGCAGAAGAAUCCCCUGAACUAUUCUCAGGUUUCAGUCUUGGCAGAUGACAUCCUAAAGAAUGUGGAGUUUGAUGCCUUAAGGAUUGUGUUCAACAAGUUCCAUUCAGUUGUCCAAUUUAUGCCAACUGUGUCAACUGUGCUCUCUCCUGAGAUUGUGGAGAGAGAGGCUGAAGCUGGGGGAAAGCUUGGGGAGCUAGACUCUUAUGAAAUUGAAGGUGCCGAGACAAAAGGAGAAGUUCUUCAGAAUCUGGCUGAGUUCCAGUUUUCUUGUAUAUUGUUCAAUGGGGUGUUGGAGAAUGCUUGCAGUGAACAAGGAGCAAGAAUGUCUGCCAUGGACAGCUCUAGCAGGAACGCUGGAGAUAUGCUCGACCGACUCACUCUCACCUACAACAGAACUCGUCAAGCAUCAAUCACCACUGAAUUGAUUGAGAUUAUAUCUGGAGCUUCAGCACUGGAAGGUUAAUUGCACAGUUCAUUUUGUAGUAUAUUCAACAAUGACGAAAUUAAGUUGUUCUUUCGAAAUUGCCGGUGAGACAGUUUUUUCCUCCGUAGUUUUCUUUCUUGUGUAAUAAUUAUUCCAAUGCGAAGCCCAUUUUUGGGGAUUUUCAUGGUUUGUCAGACAUUUCUGGAAUUGUGUUUUUUGGAACAUGUCUGUUAAACAACCCAAGUGACUCAUCAUAAGAUUUUCAAUUUUAAUAAUGGUGGGUCUUUUUUUCCC